AUGAUUGCUUCUUCCCUCCCUCCCGGCGAUUCACCUCGCCUGGUGCUCGUGCCCGCGACACCCGCGGAGCGGCUAGAAUGCACCAAGUUGAACAGUGUGGCGUGGAAGGGCCCGCUCGACCUAGAGAGCUACAUUGCGCGCGAGGACCACUUGCUCGCCCAGCAGCUGACGGGCGACGGGCAGACGUGCUGGAUCCUUGUGGACGGCACGCAGCCCGCGGGCGCGCGGACGAUCCUGGGCGCGUGCGAGUCGUACAAGAAGAAGGCCCUGCUGGCUUACGCGGGGCAGGUCGAGGACAUCGCGACCCACGGCGUCGGGAGCGUCUAUUGUCGUCCUGAGUUUAGAGGGAAGGGGUACGCCAACCGGAUGAUCCAGGAGUUGAGCGUGAAGCUGGAGACCUGGCAGCUCGAGGAGGAGCGGCGCACCCGUUCCGUGUUUUCCGUGCUCUUCUCCGAUAUUGGCAAGAAAUUCUAUGCCCAACAUGGCUGGAAGCCGUUCCCUUCAUCCCAUAUUGCUCUCCCAUCGCUUGGUGGUAGCGACGAGGAAGAUGGCGCUGCUGCUGGCUUGCCUUCUGCCCGCGACCUGUCCGCCGAAGACGUCAAGGAGUCCAUGUGCAGCGAUGCCGUCUUCCGCAAGGCACGCGAGAGUCUGCGCGCCGCCUCGGAGCGAACGCCACAUCAAGCCAAAAUCGCCAUCGCGCCGGACUAUGACCAUUUCGUCUGGCACUGGGCCCGCGAGGAGUUUUAUGCAGAGAAACUGUUUCCGCACAGCGGCCCGCCGCUCGUCAAGGGUGCGGGUGAGGACCGGGCCCGCGUCUACUGCGCCUGGACGCGUGUCUUUGGCGAGACACCGGAGGAGAACACCCUCUACAUCCUGCGUUGGAUAUACGACGAGCCGGCCUCGCCCGCCCAGGCGCAGAUGACCGCCCAGGCCAUGGCGGCGGUCCUGCGGCGCGCUCAGCGACAGGCGCACAAGUGGGACAUGCGGCACGUCGAGUUCUGGAACCCGACCCCUUUGAUGCUCCAAGCCGUCGCCCUGUUGGAUCCCGACGCCAAGGUCGUACACCGGGAGAAGAGUAGCAUUGCUAGUCUGAAGUGGGAUGGCGCCAAGCAGGGCUUGGGCAACGAGGUCGAAUGGGUCUGGAAUGAGAAAUAUGCAUGGUGUUAG